CUUCAAAUCAACUAAACCUAACGAAAUCACCACCAAACACCCUGUGGAUCUCGCCCAGUGUUCCAUCCACUAUAAACCAAUAUUUCCAAAUGGAUCAUUCGAUUUCAGGUCUUUUUUCAAUCUCGUGGAAGUUGGAACGCAUUUUUUCGCCGUGACAAUUACGUCAAUGUCCAUGAGAAAACCCAGAGAAAAUUCCAAGUCUACAAAAUUUCCCAUCAAACAUGGUUUUAAUGCGAAGAGCCGCAAGGGCGACCAGCAGCCUAAUGAGGAGCCGAAACCUGUUCAUUAAGAAACAUUGUUCGGCCGCCUCAGAGAACGAUACAGUCGAGGAAAUGGAGGAGGAUUUCAACUUGGCAGAAAAGUCGGCAAUUAUAAACGGCGGCGCGUCUGGGAUUGGUUUUGAAAUCGCACGCGAAUUCCUCAAAAGAGGCGUUCCUCACCUGUCGAUCAUAGAUAUCGAUGAAGAACGCGGUGAAAAAGCAGCAGCAGCACUCACCAAAGAAUUUGGCAGAGAAAAGGUUCUAUUCUUCGAAGCUGAUGUAGCUGAUGCAGUGGGCCUUGACGACGUCUACCGGAAAUCGAUGCAGUUUCACGAUAUUCCCGAAAUUAUCGUCAACAGUGCCGGUAUUAUGAACGACACGUUGUGGGACAAGCAAAUAUACACCAAUAUGACCGGAUCUGUGGUUGGAACCCUAUUGGGACUUCAGUACAUGUCCAAGUCCAGCAAGGGCUAUGGAGGAAUCAUCGUCAACAUCGGCUCAAUUCUCGGAAUAAUUCCCUCCUCAGGUUACCCACUGCAUACCAUGACUCAGUUUGGGAUUUGCGGCUUCUCCAAAGCGAUCGGAUGUGAAAAAAUGUGCAUUUUAGGCAACCACAUCCAUAGAACGGGAGUGAAGGUGUUCGCCUUGUGUCCAGGCUUGACCGACACCAAGCUGCUUUUGGAGGCGCCAGCCAAGGCGAUCAACGACCGAUUUGCCCAGGAGCAUGCAGAUGAAAUCGAGGGCUCCACUGCUCAGAAGACAACAAGCGUGGCCAAAGGUCUGGCUGAUAUCCUGGACAAGGCAAAAGCUGGAUCAGUGUGGGUGGUGGAAAACGACGGCGGUCCCUACGAAGUCACCUAUCCAGGCAACGUGUUGGAAAUCAAGCGAGAAGACGACAAAGAAGACGUUACCAGUUCGAUUCGCAACUA